GUGCUAAAAUGUGAGCCCUGACGUCAUGACGGCCCCGGUCUCUAAUGGCUGAACAACAACAACUCCCAGCGAGUGACAAACUUUCCAGAACUACCACAAGGACGAGAGAAAGUUCGAAACCGUAAAAAGUAUCAACUUGAUAAUAAUCCACGUGUGUUCGUCUAUUUUUCUUUUGAUUACAAAUGUGGAGUAACUGAUGGAUCCGAGAUAUGACAUCCCGCGGAGGGCCGCCGGUGGUGGCGGGGGCUCCGCAAACUCGUCCCCCGCUCUGGGGGCUCAGUCGCGCCGCAGGAAGAUGCCUCCCAGACCCGCUGACUUUAAACUUCAGAUUAUCAUUAUUGGCUCCCGUGGUGUUGGUAAAACCAGCUUAAUGGAAAGAUACACCGAUGACACUUUCUGCGAAGCUUGCAAGUCGACAGUAGGUGAGCAGCGGAGGCGUUCAAGGACUUGUUUUGUCAACUUUUAAUGCCGGGCUCUGUCUACUUACUGGAGUGCAGACACCUUAACUACCAUGGGCUUAAUGUUACAAACAUUUUAUCUUCUGUUUUACCUCAUAAAAUGACUAGAUAGACAUUACACUUGUGUUUUUAGGUAGCUAACUGAAGCUAACGGAAACGUGAGUCACUGUCCUCCUUAAUAAAACCGGUUCAGGUAUUAGUCCCUGUUGCUAUAGCGUUACUAGGCAAACUCACGUUUGAGGCUUUUUCACAUGUUUGGUUUGUUGUUUAUAGGCUGCUAGAAGGAGUUUAGAGAGACCUAAUCUUUGCCCAAUUGAUAGCUUAUAGCAUGGACUCUGAAAAGGAUGAUUUGGGGGGGAAAAAUCGCAUUUAAAAGUCUUUUCUGUUUAUUUAAAUAUGAUCCUAGUUUGUUAAGUUUUGGCCCAGUUUCUGCCAAAGUCAUAUUUUAAUUUUCUACAUAAAUUGCCACAUUGGAAGCCUACAUCAAAACACCAAUUUACCUGAACCAUAAUUAGAUAACUGGUAACUGGUUGCAUGUAACAUGCUCCUAUGUCAUUGGUAUAGUAUUUUUCAUAUAUAUGUUUUGAAAGCUUCCUAAAAUCCAAGUUAUUAACCUUGAUAUGUGUAAUUGGGUAAACAGUCCUGUGACCAAAACAACAGUCAGUCAUGGUGUACAUCCCAAAAUAGCGACACAUACAAGCAGCUGCGUUGGCAGAGCUCCAUUUGCACCCUGUCAUUCCCGUGACACAGUUACCAGGCCCUGUUAGACGGGGGUGUCAUUAAAAGUGUGUGGCUCUGAUCCCAGGGAUGAUCGAGGAGGGGAUAAUUUGGCAGGCACCUGAGUCUGACUGAAAAUGUUGAUGUCCUAUCUUGUAAUUUCUUGGAAGAUUGUUUUUUAUGCACAGCAGUAUGCAUGCAAAGCAUUUAAAAGACUUACUAAGAUAUAAAUACAAGGAUGAACUAUUUACAUGUGUGUUUCUUUGUGUUUUGCAGGAGUUGACUUUAAGAUAAAGACAGUGGAGCUGAGAGGGAAGAAGAUCAGACUACAGAUAUGGUGAGUAAUUGAAGUGACGUCUCCAGUUCCUGUAUUCCUUUGCAUGGAGCAUUUCCUGUGUCCGCCCCAAUACUCUGCAGGCUUUUUAACUAACUACUGAUGGCUCUCUGACAGCAUCAUAUUAAGUUUUUACUGCAGAGAAAAGUGAAAACAAGCUUUCUUACAAGAUUUGAGUUGUAUGUUUAGGCAUGCCAAAUCAGUUGAAUUCUACAGGGUUUAAAAACAACAACUACCAAAGUUCCAUAUUUAAAAUGAAUACCUCUUGUGCAGUCAAUAGUUACACAUUUGUUAACUUUUUUUAAAUACAAACUACAGAAUUGGCACAUUUGUAAACACGGUUUAUAAUUCAACUGUUUUUUAAUUCCAUACUUGGCCCAUCUUGAUGAAGAGGUGCUAACACAGUUCCAAAUAUCUAUGUCAGUGGGCCUGAACACAGCGAGAUACCUCGUUUGAACAAUGCUAGUGACACUUGUGACCCACAUUUCAAUCAACACAAAUUUUAAGUGGUGUUUGUGAGUAGGGUAGUCAGUGAGGGAGAGGGUCUUUCGUAUAGCACAAGCAACUGCUGCUGGUUUGUUAGUUCAAUGAGGAGACGUACACGUUCAUAAAGGAGUUCUGCUGAUACAUGAGAAGUGGCAGUUUGCCAUCACCAUAUUGGUGUAAGUAAAUACAACUUUAAUAUUUGCAGGUGAAUACUAGUUGCACUUUCUGCACUAGUAGAACUCACCUGGUAGCUCUGAAUAAGAUGAUUUUACUUUAUCAUGAUGUGUCUCUUAAAAGUGUCGAGCAGGUUAUAAAUAUCAAAUUACUGUAUGCAACACUGACCUCAUCUGUUAGUAAUAUUUCCUUGUAUAGAAAAAGGAAAUAUUCCAGAUACACAUAGUUCUGUUGAACAGUCUACCUUUGAAUUGUUUUUUUGUGCAUUACUCCUUUAUACUGUUGAAAGUCAGAGAUGUAUGUCUUGUCUCCGAGCUCUUGAGCCUCCAGUGCCCUCUCUAAAACAGCGACAGAGAGGAUGUUAUUUCAUUGGUUUGGUUCUAUCAAGCAUCGACUUGAGUCUUGUGACUUUAACUAAGCUUUAAUUACAUUUUGAAAACAUCCAGUGUUUUUGCCCAACAAUGGUAAAACCCAGCAACAUGCCACAAAUUACAGGUUUUGAACCGGCCCAGAAUAUAACUACAUUCAUUUAGAGCUACAGUGCCGGGCUGAAAAGUGGGAACUUCAUUGCUUAUUUCACUAACACAUCUGGCGUGUUCACUAACACCCCAUCCACCCUCCCGCUCCAAGUCCUGUUGCACGCCCCCACCCAUUACUCUCCCGGCCCCGACCUGUCCGCUCAGGAUGUCCGUCCUCAGUGUGUCUCGUCUCUCUCGUGUUGAUCUGCUCACAUCAAGCUCCAUCACUGCCUAACCUAACCCUGCCAUUGUGCUGCUGUGUGUCUGUCCGCUCUGCUGCUCAUAAGCCUGACUGUGACUCACAUGGGGGACGGGGAGAGGCUAUCUAUCUGAAGGUACAGUAACACUGCACUGUGAGUGGAGUUGAAUGAAUCAUAAAUACACAAAAACCCAAUGUAGUAGUGGUGUAAAUAAAUCUUAUUGAUCAAUCUGUAAUGGAUGUUAAUGCUUUAGAAAAAGACGUAUUUUUAUUUGAGGUGAUAAUAACACUUAAUAAACUGUGUGUAAACGUGCUAUGAAUAGUUGUGCCUUUUUAGUGCAGCUACAUUAUCUUUUCAAGUGUUAAAUAAUAGGUUGUAUUUUUAGCAAUCAUAACUCUUCCAGUUGAGAUGCACUUUAAAUUCGUGUUUAAUUUUGUUUUACUUUAUUUAUAUGAUUCUGUAGUUGUAUGCCAGCUUCUGCUUAUGCGUGUAAUAGAAGGAGCCAAGGCUAUAUGCACAUAUAACAUUAAGAUUAAUUUGUAUACAGUUACAGCAAUUGACUGAUAAUUGAGGCUGAUAAUGAGGAUUUGGUCAAUUAUCUGUAUUGGCCUUGUACUUUACAAAUGGCUAAUAUUGGAAAAAAAGUGCUACUUUGGCUGGUCUGUUAUUUUGCACUAGUUUGUCUCAUCUAAUGUUCUGCCCACAAUCCCUUCUGAUUGGCCUGAACUACAUAGAAUUGGUUCUUGCCCUGAGAAACCAGUAUCAGUCGAUUCCCAGUUAUCUACACCAUUUAUGAAAAUGCUUAUUGUGUCUCAUUCAGGAGCAGUUCUUCUGAAAUCUUUAGUUAGAUGAUAUCAUGGAAGCUUGAACCACCCUCAUAUGAUAAUGGUUCAUAAAGUGACCCUAUCCUGUGACAUUAUCUGCAUAAUACCUGUAUCAGCUGAUUGUGUCAGCAGGUAUGACAACUUCUGCUGUUGAGGUGAUGCUGCAAUUUUGUAUCUGAGAUGACAGCUCACUAACAUCAAGCUUGGAACAUGUGAGCAGUAUGAAAAUCCUUUUUAUUUAUAAACAUGUUCAUGGAUAAGGAGAAUUUCCAGCCAUGUCAGCUGUUUAGUAUUUAUGAUAAGUCACAGUAAUGCUGCAUUGUCUAACCAACUCUCCUCUGUUGUAUUUGUUUGAUUAGGGACACUGCUGGUCAGGAGAGGUUCAACAGCAUCACUUCAGCCUACUACAGAAGUGCAAAGGGAAUAGUUCUGGUGUAUGACAUCACCAAACAGGAAACCUUCGACGACCUGCCCAAAUGGAUGAAGAUGAUAGACAAGGUAAACAGCUGUGGAGUGGUCUGUAUUGUCCCUGCUUUAUGCCCUACAUGUCCCUAGAGUCUCAUAAUUCCACUCAUUUCUCCAAAUCAGUGAUUGAACAAUUCUUUGGUCCCUUCCAAGAAUCUGGAACUUGUGUUUUCACAACAUUUUAAUCUCCUAACAUUGCAAAUCAGCAUGCUGUGAGCCCGACUGUCCUCCUAUGGCUUUAAUCUCACUGACACUGGCAGCAGUUUGAGGAGCAGGAGGUGUUAUUGAAGGUGUCGCUUGGCAAAAACACUGUUUUAAUUAUAGCCUGAGUGAUGCAGGAUAGCUUAGGGAUAAUGAAUAGUAACAAUGACAACCCACUCACUGAACAUAAUUUGCUUAAUACACAGCUAUUUGCUUGGUGGAUAAGUAAUUUAACUCCAGAUAUUGAUUUGCAAAUGCUUAUAUUGAUAUAGAAAUGAUUGUGUGUCUUCUGUUGGAAAUGAUCAUUGACCAGUAAAAAUUUGAGCUGCAUCCAUGAAGCUAACUUAAACGUCACUACUCACAUCAAACUGAUUGUUGCCACUGAUGGUGUGCAACCUUGAAGCUCACGGAGGUAAAAAGAAAUAAAUGUAUCCACUAUGAGCUCUUUAAUGGAUAUUGCCUGGUACUUCCUGUACUGAUUCACUGUAUCUAUCUAUUCUAUCGCUGUAAUUUGGGUUCACUUUAUGAAUUAGGAGACUGAUGAUUUCCUGAUGUGUCUCUGCUCUGCUUCUUUUUUUUUUUUUUGGCAGUACGCCUCAGAGGAAGCAGAGCUCCUUCUGGUCGGGAACAAGCUGGACUGUGAGAGUGAUCGGAUCAUCUCCAAACAGCAAGGAGAGAGGGUGAGUUAAACGCACACACUCCCAUUCACCGCUUUAUCACAUAUAUACAUUCUCAUUUGUUUGGUUAAUUAAAGCAUGUAAAGAGAUGUCAGCUCACGGUCUGUGUUUGUGUAUUUGUGUUACAGUUUGCCUCUAGGAUAAGCGGUAUGCGUUUCUGUGAAGCUAGCGCCAAGGAUAAUUUCAAUGUCGAUGAGAUCUUCUUGAAGCUUGUGGACGACAUCCUAAGCAAGGUAAGUGGGUGACCUGUCGAGUCUCCAAAACUUAAAGAUAUUUCUGUUUUUAUUAAGAAUGUAAAACUAAAUGUGGGUGAAAAGGAGAGCAUGUGGAGAACGUGGUUACAGAGAUCAGCCAAUUUAAAAAAAAUCUAUUCUGACUCAAAGUUGAGAAAGAAGUUAUGUCCUCUUUGUGCUAAUAGAGUCAAACACCUUCAGUUCUGGACUUGUCUAGACAGCUAUCACACAAAGCUAGGACACCUUAUACAGACUUUGCUCUGUACCUGAGAUUUGAUUGUAACCCAGACAUCUUAAAAAUGAAAGAAAAUGUCAGCUCAAUACAACACUGUCACGAACACAGAAAGUUCAACACUUUUUACCGGCAAACACCACGACUAUUAGAUUAUUACAGUCAAAUAUCCAUUUCUGAUUUAAUCAUCUGUCUUUGGUUGUAUGUCUUUCUAUACAUCAGAGGAGAUUAAUCACUGUGUUAGAAACAGCCUCUAAAAGAUCACCCUCUAAAUUUAGAUCCUCUUUUUUUAAUUCAACUUGUCAUUCAUUAUGAACUUAUUUCAGGGGAUUUCACCAUUUAAAUGUAAUACAGUCAUAAUUUUUACAACAAUGCUGUAAUUAUAUUGCCUUAUUUAGUCAUAUCCAUUGUUGGCCUCUUGUAUUAAAACAGGUUGGUAGGGGGCAUGUUUGCCAUUUUGUUGGAUUAUGUCUUUUCAGCAACAUUCUGUAAGUGUUUGGGGAUUGAAGAGACCAGUUUCUAGAGUUUUAACAUUGAAACAUCCUCUCCCUGCUUGAGAAGGAUUUUCAGCUGUGGUCUCCUUUGGUGUAUUUCCUUUUAAUAAUCGUGUUGUAGUGGGUGACAAGCCUGGACUGCUAGCGGGCCAGUUUGGCACUGGAACUCUUACUCAGAGCCAUGCUGGUGUAAUACUUGCAAAAUGUGUUUUGGCAUUAUGUGUCUGAAUCAUGAAAGGUUAUCCUUAAAACAAGCACAGUGUCUUGGCAGCAUAAUGUAGCUUCAAAACCUGUUUAUGUAGUUCAACAUGAGUCGCACCUUCUCACAUGUGUAAGCCACCUAUGCCACAGUUACCUUCACAUCCCCAUAAGAUCAAGCUCUGAUAACAAGCUGGUUUGUCCAUCUCCUCUUUAGAGCUCAUACUGUUUUUAAACUGAACUGAUCAGUUUGCACAGUUCAGUUUUAAGACUCACAGACGGUGGUUUUUAGGUGUGGUUUUGAGUAUGUUGUGGCCCCCUGUCAUGUUGCAAAGAAAUGUUUCACUUCUAACAUCUGAUAGGUUUCAUUGCAUAUUUUCAACCAAAUCUAGAGUUGAAAUGAUUUGCAAACCAUCGUAUUCUGUUUUGAUGAAUAUAUUCCUCAGCGUCUCAGCUGUUUUGUAGAGUAUUUGCAUUAAACUCGGUGCUUUCUGACUCUUUUCUCGUCACUCAGAUGCCUCUGGAAGUUACCAACAAGGAGCUCUCCAACAGCGUCCUCUCUCUGCAGCCUGAACCGGAAGUGCCUCCGGAGUUGCCGCCUCCUCGCAUGCGCUGUUGCUGAGAGUCACUGUGGUUCUCCAGUCCUUUUACACACACACACACACACACACACACACACACACAAACACACACUCCGCUCACACAUGCAGAGCGCCAAUCUGACCACCGGGGGGCAGCAAACAGCAGCAGUUUGGAGUCUGCCGAUCGAUGAUGCAUGGACUCUGUGAACAACCAGUAUUAUCCUCUCCUGUUUUUUGACUGUACACGAUGACGUGUUCAACACUAACACUUAGGCCUGGUAAAUCACCCCCUUCCUUUCACCAGUCUGUCUACUCUUGACCCAGACUACCUCAUUCCUCAGACCGUUAGGCGAGCUGUGUCCCACAGGUGCCUUGGAGGUAGAGAGCUCUCUGGUAGCACAUUAACAAGGAGAGGGAUUACUGAGGGCCUUACAGCUUGUUCUCUUCCUGUUUUCUAUUAAUAAACAGUCAACAUAAUUACUGUACACUAAGUUUGACCCCGUCUGAGUCGCGCUGGUUGUCUGGUAUCUUUGCAUCGUGUUACAGAAAGGGACAACGAUAUCUCACAUCUCUGCAGCGUAGCUCGAAUCCUGAGUGUAGGUACAUUAGUUUUAUACUCUUCUCUGUAGGUGUUUAUUACGAAGCAAUGAGUUGACUUGAGGUAUAGACAAAAGCACAUGAUGUAAAUAGGCUGUGUUGCAGUCAUGACUGGACAAGGUGCAGAUUUUUGUUGCCAGGAGAAGGCAGUUUGUGUGUCGGUGAUCAUAUCAGUUUGUAUCCUUUUGCCUUAAGGUAUUAAAGAGGCUGGAGUGGCUAAUAUCCUGUUUGUUUAAAUUGUAAAGUUUUGCACUACAAUUCAACUCACUUAGUUAGCUUGAUAUAAAGAAAGAAAAAAGUACAUGUAGUUGCUAGAAAAAGAUUAUUGCUGCCAUGGGACUCUUCCAUACACAUGAUUUUGAUGCAAAAAGAGAUGGGUGCUGUAGUUUCUGAUGGUUCUGGAUCUGUGUUUCCCCCUCAUGCACCCUCCAUGGUAAUGAGUAGUGUUUUUUUUUUUUUUAGCUUUUGCUUUGGUUGUGUUACUAAUAUUGCAAACUGUUCAGUCGUGUUUCCUUUGAGAGAGAGAGAGAAAGCUGCACAGGAGGCUUUGUGUUGUAUCUAAAUUAACAAAUUUUUGCAGUCUAAUAUGGCAGACGUCAUUUUCUUUUGGUUUUAUAGUAAGUUAAUAAACAACACAAACAGAAGGUUCUUUACGGGAGCUUUAAAUUUUAGAUUUAGAAUAACAUACCUGUCUAAAAGUAGGGAAGCUCCAAAUGCAUUCAUGCAUUGAGUGCGUCUGUGUAGGUUAACAUCCACAUGCCUAAAUCCAGGUAAUCAUGCCGACCUACACCGCUCUAGAAUAUGCCAUCUGUCACCUGUGCUUGUUUAUAUCAGUGUUUAUCAGUCUGGCAUUUUCGUCAACUGAUUUGUAAAGGGUGCUGGUUGAUGACUGAAUCGACUAAACAAGCACAUCCUUUUUCUAGCGAGAGUCAGCAGUUUUAAAUUAAUGAUUUGGCUGUUAGAGGCUCUGCUCUACACUGACACACCCUUACCUGCACAUUUGCAAUAACACAAGGCUAUGCAUGUCAGUCCUCCUAUGAUUCAAUUGUGUUAUUCUUCUAUUUUGUGUUAACUGUUGCAAUAUUAGCCGUGUAGCGCUGUGAGUAACUCUUGUUUUGUUUGUCCACAUUCAAGCGUAAGCCCCGGUGAGAGAUGAGGGAGGGACAGGCCCCACGCAACUGACCUGAUUACAAGUGACUCGCUGGUCGUUGGUUAAUUCUGUUUUUGUUAAAGAUUUAAGUUAAGCCCGAGCAGCUUCUGUGGACGUCUAAUAGUAAUGCACCAAAACAAAGCUACGGUUAGUGACCCCACAACCACUUCAGGACGUGAGAUUAUGAGGCUGCAAACAACAUGAGCAUACGAAUAAUCAGUGACUUUGCAUUAUUAUCAGUAUGAUUUCAAAACAAUAAACUCAGUUUUUUUGUUUUACUUUCCAGACCUGCAGUUUCCUCCUCGUCUUUAAGCACUUGGCACUAACCCUGUGGUCUUUGUUUUUAACAGCCAAGCCUUAUACUACUCAGUGUUUUCAGUAUCCAUUUUAAAAACCUGAUUUUAUUUCAAAUGUGUAUCCUUAAAGAUGGAAGACUGUACUUUGUAUUAAACCUGUUGCAGGUCAGAGAAGUUUUGGCAUGUUUAAAGCAGAUUUGUGGUAUUUAUAACUUGCAGCAUUCUCAGACUAAUGAAAUGCAAUUAAAGAAAUCUAUAUUUAUUACCAGAU